GCCAUCUAUUGAAAUAUUUAUUACAUUAAUUGACAGUCAAGUGAUUCAGCAUUUAAUAUACAAUACAUUUGAAGAUAUUAUUAACACUUUUGGUGACAAUUAUAUCUAUUGUUGACUAUUGUUGACAACUAUGACAGUUAUGGCCAAUACUACGGAUGCGAUUCGUGAUAAAGCACUUCAAGAUUACCGGAAGAAAGUGUUAGAACAUCGGGAGAUUGAACAACGACUCAAAGAAGUUCGCGAGUCACUCAAAGAUGUGACCAAACAGUACGACAAAAGUGAAAACGAUUUGAAAGCAUUGCAAAGCGUCGGUCAGAUUGUCGGCGAAGUACUCAAGCAGUUGACUGACGACAACUUCAUAGUGAAGGCUACGAAUGGUCCGCGUUAUGUGGUUGGAUGUCGUCGACAGUUGGAUAAAUCAAAACUGAAAGCCGGUACACGAGUAGCACUUGAUAUGACAACUUUGACUAUCAUGCGAUAUCUGCCUCGCGAAGUGGAUCCUCUCGUAUACAAUAUGUCACACGAAGAUCCGGGAGAUGUUAACUACAGCUCAAUUGGUGGUCUCUCCGAACAGAUCCGUGAAUUACGAGAAGUGAUAGAACUGCCACUUCUGAAUCCAGAGUUAUUUCAAAGAGUGGGUAUUACUCCACCGAAAGGGUGUCUAUUAUAUGGUCCGCCCGGCACUGGAAAGACACUCUUGGCUCGAGCUGUAGCCUCACAAUUGGAGGCCAAUUUCUUAAAGGUUGUUUCGUCAGCUAUUGUUGACAAAUAUAUCGGUGAAAGCGCACGACUUAUUCGUGAAAUGUUUAACUAUGCUCGCGAUCACCAGCCGUGUGUUAUCUUUAUGGAUGAGAUCGAUGCCAUUGGUGGCCGUCGUUUCUCAGAAGGAACCAGUGCUGACAGAGAAAUCCAGAGAACACUUAUGGAACUACUAAACCAAAUGGAUGGAUUUGAUUCAUUAGGUCAAGUCAAGAUGAUUAUGGCCACAAACAGACCCGACACAUUGGAUCCGGCUUUACUUAGACCGGGCCGUUUGGACCGUAAGAUUGAGAUUCCGUUGCCUAAUGAACAGGGAAGACUGGAAGUGCUUAAAAUUCAUGCACAACCUAUUGCUAAACACGGAGACAUUGACUGGGAAGCAGUGGUCAAACUGAGUGAUGGCUUCAAUGGCGCCGAUCUUCGCAAUGUUUGUACUGAAGCCGGACUCUUUGCCAUUAGAGCUGACAGGGAUUAUGUGAUUGAGGAGGACUUCAUGAAAGCCGUUCGUAAGAUUGCCGACAACAAGAAGUUGGAAACAAAACUCGAUUAUAAACCUGUUUAAUAACAUUAAUAUUUUUAAUU